AUGGGUGACUACUCGAAAGCACUUGAAUUUUACGAAAAAGCACAUCAAAUCUACGAAAUUGCUCUGCCUCCAAAUCAUCCCUCAUUAGCUGAAAGUCAGUUGAAUUUUGCUGCCUGUUACGAGCGAAUGGGUGAUUAUACGGCAGCUCUUGAGGCUCUUCAAAGGGCUUUUAAAAUUCAACAGAAAACAUUUGAAGAAGGUAAUCCAGCAUUUUCUUUUACGUACAGUAGGUUCGGCAGAGUUUAUCGCGGUAUAUCAAAAAACACUGCUGAGAGACAUCCCGAUGUUGGUAUAACAUACAGUAAUGUAGGUAAUGUUCAUCGAUUAAUGGGUAAUUAUGAAAAGGCACUUUCAUUUCAUCGAAAUGCACUGAAUAUUCAAGAAAAUGUUCAAUGUAGUCCUCUGGAGUGUGCAACAACAUACAUAAAUUUAGGUGAAACUUAUCGACAAAUGAAAGAUUACUCAACGGCAUUAACAUAUUUUGAAAAAGGAUUAAAAAUUCGUGAAAAGAAAUUACUAAAAAAUCAUCCGGAUUUAGCUGUAGUAUAUCACGAUUUGGCGAAAUUAUAUUUGUCUACUCGACAAUAUAAUAUGGCAAUGAAAAAUGUUCAACAAGCGGUUGAAAUAGCUCAAGAAAAAUUACUUUCAACUCAUCCUCAUCAAGUGGAUUAUAGAGAAACAUUUGAAAAAAUUCGAAAAAAGAUGUAA